AUGGGCAAGCUGAACAUCGCACACCACAAGUCCUACCACCCGUACCGGCGGGACAACAUCGAGCGCGUCCGGCGGGACGAGGAGGGGGCGCGGCAGGCGGAGGCUGUCGCUGAGGGCCGUAUGAUGCUCGCCGACUCGGAGGCGCGCAUAGACCUCCUCCGGGCGCGGGCUGGGCUCGCGGGCGGGAAGGGGAAGAAGAAGAAGCGUGAUGAGGACGAGUUCGAGGCGGCUGCAGCCGCGCUCGCUGGGCCGUCCACAGAGAACGAGACCGCGGUGACGACGCUGACGUCUGCGCGCGGGCACAUCAACCUCUUCGAGGACCUCGAGCGGAGCGUGGUGCCCGUGCCCGCGCAGGACCGAGGUACUAAGAAACCACCGCCGGUCGAAGACGACAAGGGCGUGCCGCUCGCGCCGACGUCUGCGGACCUGCGGCCGUGGUAUGUCGAUGCGGGGCGGGACACGGCUGCGAGCACGAGCACGGCGCGGAUGAAGCCUUGGGAGACGGAGGAGGACAGGCGACGGCGCGACCUGCAGCGCAAGUCCGCACACGACCCGCUCACCGCCAUCAACACCCAGCUCGCUUCGCGCCCCGGCGCUGGGCCGUCCACCUCCUCCUCGUCCUCCGCACAGCGCCGCCAAGGCCCCCCGUCGUCCUCGCGGCCCGGCCCGCAGGCGCCCCCCGAGGUGUCCGCCCGCCUGGUGCGCGAGAGCUCGGAGCGGGAACGCGCGCGGGCGCUCAUCGCAAGGAAGAAGCGGGAGAUGGGGAGCGAGACGCCGAGCACGGUGUACGGGGGCAGGAGCGGCGGCUAUGGGGACGUGUUUAAUCGGAGGGAGGUGGAGGAGGUGAGGCGGGACAGGCAGGACAGGCAGCGGGGUUGGGAGCGCGAACGUGACCGGGACCGUGAAGGCGGCAGGAGGUAUGGUGGCCGGUGAUUGUAGAGUGCGUCUAUCACAUCUCGGUCGACCCUGCUGGAUUCCCUGUUCACCCUGCCGGAGCAUGGCAUGCCUCGCGUAUAUUUCAGACCUCCGGCGUCGGGGGAGUCCCCUCUCGGUCGCUCAUAAUUUCCAUUACGACGCCCCCCGCCAACGCACCCCCGACCCGGCCCAGACCACCCCGCGCAAGUCAGCAUUUGCGCCCUCCGCAGCGGCGACAAGGACCGAGGACUCAUCUCAGAUUCGCCCCGCACCCCGCAGGGGCGUGCAGGGACAUACGCGACAAUCGGCGGGGAGGAUCUCGAGGCAACAUCCGCCCUUGGACUCGGAGGGUCGCGGUGCGGCGUAAGGCCGUAGCCAUGUGUCCCGAUGGCAAUAGUGGCCCCAGGGCCCAGCGGAGCUCGACCAUGUGUCCCGAUGGUAGGCCAGGACCCCGGAGCACUGCAGGUGCCCGCAAUACACUCGUCGUUUUGCCCAACACCGUC